UCUCAUUUUUUAAGAAAUAAUAUUCUUUUAUUCAAAAAAAAAAAUAAUUUAAAUUGUAAUUUGUGCUUUAUUCAAUUUCUAAUUAAAUUAUCAACUAUGGACUCUAAUAUUUUUAUUUUAGGCUAACCAGCUCUUUAUUUACCAUAUUAUAAUUAUUAUUAUUAUAGAAAUCAAGCAUAGCUCUAGUAAUUACUUGCUUAUUCACAAUAUCCUAUGACAUCACAACAAUUAACUUAGAUCUAAUAACUAUUGACAUCACAAUAAUAACCUUAAACAUCUUCAUUAUCAUCAGCUGCCUCAACUUUAUCAGCUCUUCAAUUAUAAUAAGCAGCUGCUGCAGGAGGUGUUUUAUCUGCCUCAUCUUUAAAUCCAUAGCAAUAAUAUCAUUAUUACUAGCAAUACCUCACAGAUCCUUCAUUUGCUACUUUAUCAUAAUAACAAUAGUAAUACAUCAUUCAGUAAAUGUAGUAGUUGCAACAAUAAGCAUAACAGUAUUAGCUUUCCUCUUAAUAGCUUACUUCUUAAAAUACUUAAUAGCAAUUAUUAUAAUAGCAAGCUGCGUAAUAAUACUCGUAGUAGUUAUAGCUUCAAUAGUAAUAAUAAUAGUAUCAAAACUAAUAGCUUUAUAUGCAAGCACAAUAAGCUACUGUAGCACCUAAUAACUCAGCUGAUAAGCAAGAACUUAACAAGAAUGAAUGUAUUUGCAACAGUUGUGAUAGAUUAUAUCGUGAUUUGAAUAAAAUUAGGGAAGAAGAAAGAUUCAAUAAAGCUAUUUAAUGCGUUACAUGCAAUAAUAAAUUCCAUCCUACAUGCGUUAAAGUUAGUGUCAAUAGUGAAUAAGCUCGAAUUUAUGAAUGCCCUAUUUGUACUCUUGAAAAACUUGACCCUUUGAAUAAACCUGUUGAAGUUAUUCAGCCUCCCACUAUUAUUUCAGGAUAAGGUUGUAUCACAUAUUUUUAAGUCUCUAAUGAACUCUACCUCAAGCUCGGAAAGAAAAACCAUUCAGUUGAGAUUAGAUGCAUUCGUAUUGACGGCACAAAAAAUAUGUACGAAACUACCUGGCCUGAUUCUGGUGAGUGCAGUCUCAAUAAUUAAAAGCUAAAGGAGUACCAACCUCUGUAAUAAAAUUCAUCCUUAAAAAAGAGAAAAGAUGAAAAAUAUACUUUAAAAGAUGUUUCCAUGAUCCAAAAGGGAUUAAACCUUAUCUAAAUUAAAGAAAAUAUCCAUUAGAAUACUAAGUCUAGUUAUAGGAUCGAUCCUAAUUCAAUUCACGUGUUUGCAAUUUAUUUAGUAAGAAAAGUUCCUCACGCUGAAUUUAUUUCUACUAUCCCUAUUCGCUCUGAAGAAGAAUGCAAGGAAAUUAUCAGACAACAAUUCAUCUAAGCAAACAAGAGAAAAAAACUCAAAAUUCUUCUUGAAUAAAAAAAGCAAUAGCAACUUCAUAAUUAAGUUUAAUCUGAUGAUUAAAAAAAUUAAAAUGAAUAGAAAGACACUGAAAAAGAUAAGGAAUUAGAAAACGGCAAUUAAGUUAAUGGAAAGUAAGCUGGGGAAGCUAUUGAAAUAGAAGAAAAUGCAUAGAACGAGAGUAAACCUGAUGAAGAAUAAAAAUAAUCUAGCAAUACCAAUCACUCAGAAGAAUCUUAGAAUUUGCAAGCAUAAACUGGAGAGGCCUCUGAAAACUAAGCUAAAAGUGGUGAACAGGUAGAGAAUGAUAAUAAUAUGGCAAUAGAAGAAUAAGCAAAUGGUGAUCAAGAAAAAGCCAAGACUGAUGAUUAAUAGUAAGAUACCUAAGAAAAAUAAAAGAUUGAUAUUGAAGAGGAAUAGUAGGAAAAAAAAGAAGAUAAAAAAGAAGAAAAGGAAGAAGAAAUCGAAUUAAAAAAAGUUGAAGAAGAAUAAGACAAAAAUUAGUAAAAUCCUUCUGAAAAGACAGAAGAAAAGAAAUUAACAUACGUUGAUGUUGAUCUUUCAGAAAUAAAUGAUAAAGAUGAAGAUAAAAAUUUCAUUUAGGAUGAAGACGAUGAUGAAGAUGCUGGAUUCAAAAUUGAUAAACUAAAUGUCAGCUUGAAUUGCACCUUUGGAUUUAACACUAUUAAAACUCCAGCUAAAGGAAAGUACUGCAAACAUGUUUAAUGUUUCAGCUUAGAAAACAUGAUUCUUAUCACAGAGGCUACUGUUCCUAGAAAAUGGAAAUGCCCUAUCUGUAAACUUAAAUGCUAUGAUAUUGUUAUAGAUUCUUAUAUGCAAAAAAUAAUCAAUUCUUUCAAAGAAUAAAAUCUUAAUGUAACUGAAAUAUCCUUUGAUCAGGAAGCAAAUUAUGAAAUCCAUAAGCUUAAAAAAGAGAGUGAUGACGAAGACGAUUUCGAUGAUGAAAUUGGUACUAAACCAGCUACAAACAACACAACCACUUCUACUGCUGCUGCUUCAUAGGUAGAAGCUAAUAAAGAAAAUAAAGCUGAAGUAGAUAAUUAAAAACCUACUGAAAAUCAGAACCAAGAAAAAUCUGAUCAAAAAGAUGACCAAUAAGCAUCAGAUAGUAAUAAAUAAGGUGAAGGAGAAAAGAAGAAAAAGAAAGUUUCAAAUGAUGACCCUGUUAUUAUCGUUGAUGAAGAUGAAGAUGAAUCUGAAUAAAAGAAAAAGUAGUUACAAAUGAAACUCAAUUUAAUUGCUGGUGAAAAUGCCUAAGUUAAUGGAAAAAAUGAAAAGGAAUAAGCUGCUUAGAUCUCUCAAGAUGGCAAGGAGAUCAACGAUUAAGAAAAAUAAUAAGCCAUGAAUAUAGAAAACCAUAACAAUGAAGGUAAAGAAAAUGAGGAAAAGUCUGCUAAUGAAGCUAACAAAGGAGGAGAAAUGACUAAAGAAAAAGUUGAAAUUCCAGACAGCUUCUUCAAAUUAAAAGAAAAACUCCAACAAAGUAUUUAAUCAUCUGCAAAUAUCUAUUCAGAUGAUUAUACUUAUGAAGAAUUCUUUGAAACAUAAGCAGAAAAGAUAUAAGAGUUGAAGUUAAAGUCUGUUAGACAAUCUUGUCGCAACAAAAUAACAAAAAAUUUAAAGAAGCACUAUCCAGAACUCGUUAACUUGAUCAAAAAAGAUGCUACAGCCCAAUUAAUUGCUAGCUUAGACUAAUACGAAUAAAACAAUAGUCGCAGAAACAAUCUUUAUAUUAAUGAUUACUCAAAAAUUUUAAAUAGCACUGGUUAAAUUUCAAAAGAAACUGCAACCAUUAAAAAUAAAGGUUUAAAUAAGUCUUCAUCUACUGGUUUACAUACAGCAGCAACAUCAGCUACAUUACAAUUACCUUCUACUCUUUAUGGAUAUGAUAUUCUAGGUACUUAAAGCUUAAUACCUCAAUUUUCUUCAAACUCGUUUAACUUAUUUGCCUCACGUAAUCCCAGUACCUACAAUUUUAUACCCAUUACCUCCUAAGCUACUUCAGCUUCAGUAGGAGCAUCAGGUGCUGCUCCAGCUUCUUCGAGUACCAAUUUAAAUAGCUUUGUUGCUCCAUUAACUGCCAACACAGCUGCUUCUACUAAUCCUACUACUGCUGCUACAACUACUACAGCUGCUCCUGGAACAGCAAAUCCUAGUGCUUCAACAGCAGCAGCCACUUAAUAAUACUACUAAUUACUUGAACAGCAAAAUGACUUUUCAAACAUGUUUAAUUAAUUCUAAUUUGGCUUUGGAGGAUAAUCAAACCAAUUAUCUAACUUGUUUAACAUAGCAUAGCUCACUCAACCUAGUGCUUACUCCGCCUCCUCAGCUACAGACCCCACAAGCUUGUAUAAUCUUUACAUGAAUUCAGGAGCAUAUGCAAAUUUAUUAGGAGGAUAAUCUAAUAUUGCAUUCCCAAAUACUCCUAAUACUUCAGCCUAAACAAACUCUUAAACAACUUAAAAAAAAUAAAAACAAAAAUCCAGUUCUUCAGCAGCAAAGAAAAGUAGUACUAGUCAAGGUGCUUCAUAAAGUGCAAAUAAUACUGCAGCAGGAAGUAAUAAAAGUGCAGCGGUCACCUAAGAAGUAGUAAAUAAAGGGAAAGCUGAUGACCCAAUUUGCUUAGAAGAUGAUUGA